AUGCUGCCGCCCGCCAGAUGCCUGCGGCUGCUGCUGCUCUCCGCGCUGCUCGUGGGCGCCGGGCUGGCGUGCGGGCCCGGCCGGGGCUUCGGGAAGAGGCGGCACCCCAAAAAGCUGACCCCGUUAGCCUACAAGCAGUUCAUCCCCAACGUGGCGGAGAAGACGCUGGGGGCCAGCGGGCGCUACGAGGGCAAGAUCUCCCGCAACUCCGAGCGCUUCAAGGAACUCACCCCCAAUUACAACCCCGACAUCAUCUUCAAGGAUGAGGAGAACACCGGCGCCGACCGGCUCAUGACUCAGAGGUGUAAGGACAAGCUGAACGCCCUGGCCAUCUCGGUGAUGAACCAGUGGCCCGGCGUGAAGCUGCGGGUGACGGAGGGCUGGGACGAGGACGGCCACCACUCCGAGGAGUCGCUGCACUACGAGGGCCGCGCGGUGGACAUCACCACGUCGGACCGGGACCGCAGCAAGUACGGCAUGCUGGCGCGCCUGGCGGUGGAGGCCGGCUUCGACUGGGUCUACUACGAGUCCAAGGCGCACAUCCACUGCUCGGUGAAAGCAGAGAACUCGGUGGCGGCCAAGUCGGGCGGCUGCUUCCCCGGAUGGGCCACGGUGCACCUGGAGCAGGGCGGCACCAAGCCGGUGCGGGACCUGCGGCCCGGGGACCGCGUGCUGGCGGCGGACGCGCAGGGCCGGCUGCUGUACAGCGACUUCCUGGCCUUCCUGGACCGCGACGACGGCGCGCGCAAGGUCUUCUACGUGAUCGAGACGCGGGGGCCGCGCGCGCGCCUGCUGCUCACCGCCGCGCACCUGCUCUUCGUGGCGCCCGCGCCGCGCAACGCCUCGGCCCGGGCGGGGCCGCCGGGGCGCCGCGCGCUCUUCGCCAGCCGCGUGCGGCCCGGCCAGCGCGUGUACGUGGCGGCGUCCGGGCGCGGCGGGGAGCGGCGGCUGCGGCCGGCGGCGGUGCACCGCGUGACGCUGCGGGAGGAGGCGGCGGGCGCGUACGCGCCGCUCACGGCGCACGGCACCAUCCUCGUCAACCGGGUGCUGGCCUCGUGCUACGCCGUCAUCGAGGAGCACGGCUGGGCGCACCGCGCCUUCGCGCCCUUCCGCCUGGCGCACGCGCUGCUGGCCGCGCUGGCGCCCGCGCGCACGGACGGCGACGGCGACGGCGGCGGGGACGCGCGGCGCGCGCCCGGCCCCGGGCUCCCGGGCCCCCCCGCCCCCCCGGCGCCCCGGGCCCCGCCGGCCUCCUCGGGCGUCCACUGGUACUCGCAGCUGCUCUACCACCUGGGCACCUGGCUGUUGGACAGCGAGGCCCUGCACCCCCUGGGCAUGGCGGCCCCGGCCCGCUGA